AUGGAGAGGGCUGCGGUGUACCCUCUCGGCGUUUGGAUUGAAACGCCAGAUCCCACGCCGGCUUGCUGCAAGGUCGUAGCGUUGGGUCUCUUCCAUGCUUCGUUGAUGGAAGGGAAUUGGUGGAAACGCCGAGACAUCGCUGUCGUCCUCUUGGUUGUUGUGGUCUUCGCGGUGACCCUCUUCUUCGUGGUGGCUCUCAUGUCCACGGCGGCACUCUUCACGGCGGCCUACAUCUUCGCGGCGGCUCUCAUGUCCACGGCGGCACUCUUCACGGCGGCCUUCUUCUUCACGGCGGCCUUCUUCUUCACGGCGGCCUUCUUCUUCACGGCGGCCUUCUUCUUCACGGCGGCCUUCUUCUUCACGGCGGCCUUCUUCUUCACGGCGGCCUUCUUCUUCACGGCGGCAUUCUUCUUCACGGCGGCCUUCUUCUUCACGGCGGCACUCUUCUUCACGGCGGCCUUCUUCACGGCGGCCUUCUUCUUCGCGAAGGCCUUCUUCACGGCGGAUGUCUCGAGACUGGUACUCAUCUUCACGGCGACUCUCAUGGACGCUGUGGUAAUCUUGAUCACUGUGCUCCUCUUGGCCACGGAUGCUAUCUGGGAUGUGGUAGCUCUGCUGCACACCCUGGCUCUCUUGGACACUGUGGUAAUCUUGAUCACUUUGUUCCCCUUGGUCACUGGGGGCGUGCUUCACUUCUUCUUCUUCUUGCCAAGUGACGCUUCCCACUGGAUUGAGUCGGAGGGGAUUGCGGUGGAGGAUAUUGGGGUUGCGACCAGGCUUCUUCAUCGGAAGACGGUUGAAGUCGGUGCUCGAGGUAUUGAUCGGCCUGAGUUGCUCGGUGGGGCUUGA